UUUAUCGCUUUCUGAGAAAAUCUUAUAGUGUAAUAGUGUGUCAGUAGAUCAAUUAGUGAGCAAUAAAGUGGACAUCUGGAGUUUCAUUUCCUAGUAAACACGUAUGUUGAUGCACUGCAGUCAUACAGAUUACUUAAAGAUUGUACUGAGUGAACAUUUAAUUAUAUUCAUAGUGUAGGCCUAUUUAGUGCAUAUCAUAGCUACAAGCCUAAUGAUCGAAAAUGGCGGUAAAUACUUCAAUAAUUGGCAAUGAAAUCAUACGAAAGUAUAAGAUGUCACUUGACAAAGACUCUGACAUUGACCUACUUCUGAUUGGAAAAACUGGUCACGGAAAAAGCUCAGCAGGAAACAGUAUUUUACGACGUCAAGUUUUUGAAAGUGGCGCAUCUACGAAUUCCAUUACUACUGGUGUAAAUUUUGAUUUUUCAGAAAUUGAUAACCGCGUCAUAAAAGUUGUGGAUGUCAGAGGUGUUCAAGAGACCCGCGAGACUGAAGCGAAGUCUAUUGCUUUGUUUAUUCGUGAGAUGGAACACGCCGUAGUGGCCAACCCAAGAGGGUACCACGCUUUUCUAAUCGUGUUGAGAUUCGGCGUGCGUUUUACUAAAGAAGAAGUGGAUACAAUAACAUUUUUAAAGGCAGUGUUCGGCGAGACAUUUGUUAGAGACUUUUGCAUUCUCGUCAUGACGUAUGGAGACUUGUUUGAAAUCGAAUGUGAGGGAUUGUCUUUUAAGGAGUGGUGUGAACGAGAAACCGGGAAUUUCAAGGAGCUUUUGAGUGAAUGCAACCAAAGAAUUAUCUUAUUGAAUAAUAAAACCAAAGACGCAAGUGUUAAAAUACAUCAAGUACUUGAACUAUUAAAACUAGUGGAUCAACUGAAUGGUAAAAGAUAUAAUGAUGAAAACUUCAAGCUGGCGAGAGAGUCUCAAAUAAAACUUCAAUUUAAUUUUGAGUUUGAAGACCUACGCGAGAGGGCGUUAAUGAAAAUUAGUCUAAUAUUUGAAAAACUUGAGAGAUGUCAAGGCUCCUUCAAGGAAGAAAUUGAAACUCUCGAAUUGAUUUUAGUUGAAGCUGAAGCGCUAGAAAUAUAUCUGACAGAAGUUGACAAAGGAACCAAACUGCUCCAGGAUUUAAUACGCGAUGUUCAAAACUUAAAAUCAAAUAUUUCUUCAGAGGUUAAGUUUAAUGUGGAUGCCAGAGAAUGGAAAGAAAAUCUUGCAGGAAAUUUGAAAAAGUUGGACGAAAAAUGUGCUACCGAAAAAGAGAAAUUGAAAAAACAAUUUCAAAUAGAUUAUGAAAAGUUCAAUGCAAGUGUCGAAAUGAGAAUGCGAGAACAAAAAAAGUUGGAACAAAAACUCGAAGAGCUGGACAAACAGCUUAAAAAAGAAAAAUCGGUUUACGAAAAUAAUUUCCAAGAGGAAAUUAAAAAGAGACGUGAAAACAUUAAAAAAGAGAGACGCAAGUUAGAAGAAAAUUAUAGGGAAAGGAAAUCCUCUUUCAUUUCUUCCCUCACCAGAAUUCUGCAAAGUUUAAAAUCAACAUUUCUAUUUUUGUUACGAAAAAUAUUUUAAUUGAAUAGAGAUACAAGCAACUAAUUGUAUUGAGUGUCGGGUGGGUAGCGAACGUCGAGAGUGAAGUACAAUGAAUCCCACUACCUAUUAACUCUUGGCGUAAAUAAUUUUCAUUAAAAGUAAAUAUUUCUUUCUAAGUAUUUUUGUUGUAUUCAUGAAAUUAAUAUUUUAAAACAAUAAAACAUGUUUUGUUUUACUCUGAUAACUUAACAAUAGCUCAUAGCAUUCGGAUUUUAUAACUGGUUUUAUUUAAUCCAACAUUACGUUAGUAGCUUGGCAUAUUUUGUAUUUAUUAUGUGUGUAGUAUUGACUCACUCGCUCAAGCGCUCAUCCAAGCAUCUUUUCUAGCUUCACACAACGUCGCCUACGUUGAAAUAAGGACGAAUGUAUCCCGAAAGUUUGUAGAAACUGGCAUUGGGCACAUGAAAUAGUGAUCCCCCUUAAGUGGAUGUAUUAAAAAGGGAAAUCAAAGCAUUAAACAUGGAUGUUGACUACUGGGAAGACAUAGCCAUAGACCGACUUUUGCGGAGAGAGAUGGUGAUCAAGAAAGCUAUGGACAGCGAAAAAGCGUUACCCUCAGCUCAGGAAGAAAUGCGUGGCUAACUAAAAGUUCCACCCUUGGGCUUGCAUGUGGACGGUAGACGAGUCCCACAUGAGCUAAGUUCUACUUAAACUCAAACAGCGAAUCUUAUAUUGAGCAAUUAACGGCGUUGACCUCCUCGACUAUAGUAUUUAACGUGAUUAUCUCCCCUGUCAGCAUGUACAACUCAUGUUGAGUAAUUAUUUUGGUUAGCUCCCAUGAUUAUGUUUACUUGUUCAGUAUACUUGAUUAUUCAACCAUAGUUGAUUAGUGCACCCUUUAGUCAUUACUUGUCCUUGUUCUCUCCCCAGACAGCAAUCCCAGACUCUUGUAAAAUCCUUUAGUUGUUAUUGUACUUCUAGCUGAGAUUGGACAUAUUUUGACAUAUAUUGACUUCCAAAAGACAUUCUGUAUUCUAACAGAAGGCAGGAUAGCCACUGGUCGCCCACUUUUAUGGUAUACGGAUGUAUGCAAACAUGACAUGAAUCUCUUCAAAAUUGACACUAGAUUGGGAAAAAGUGCCACUGGAUAGAUCCACAUGGAGAGAGAGCAUAGAAGGAAGGGUCUCGGAAGGCAGAUGCCAUACACAACAGCAGCAAAAGGAAGGGUGAAAAUGCAACAGCCCCUGGUAAUUACAUAUGCCCAACCUGUGACCGCAGCGGUGUAUCAAGGAUUGGCCUCUUUAGUCACAGAAGAAGUUGAAAUGGGAAAAGAUUGUCUCUCGAGACGUAAAAUGCCACAGAAUAUUUCCCCAAGUAUUUGUCGAUUUGCAAACUAUUGCUAACCUUUUUGACACCUUCUCGUCACCUGUUUGUCAUAAACUUGAUGUGUGCCACGACUACUGCCAGACACAUCUUCCAGCCAUAGACUCAACCCCCACCAGCUCAGAGCCAACGAUGUUACCAACGCUUCCGUAAGCCCAGCUUGCUACACUGGAGAAAUUGACAAGAAAGAUAAAAAAAAAAAACAACAACACUAAUAACAUUUUAUUGCUCGCAUUAAAAAAAAUGAACUAAAUCUGAUCCAAACCUUUUUAUAUAACAAUAUAUAUUUUAUUCACCACGUCCUAUUGAAAGAACACACAUUUUCAUUUUAUAAUUUUAAAAUUAAUAAACAUUUCAUGUAAAUUUAA